AUGAUAAAAGCUAUGAAUAUGGCCAAUUUCACUGAUGCAAACUGUACUAUUCAUCAACUACAAUUAUGUGUGCGAUCAACGAUGGAAAUCGAAGAAUUUCUCUCGUCAGUAAUUACGAAGUGCAAGAAAAUUGCAACUCACUUCAAUCACUCCCUAAUCGCGCAAAAUGAAUUGAAACAAAUUCAAACAGAAAGACUGAACCAAUCAGGACUAAGUAUAAUUCAGGAAUGUUCCACACGAUGGAACGCGACGUAUUAUAUGAUGAAAAGAAUAUUGACAUUAAAAGACUCCUUAGUACUGUAUUCGGGCGCGCAUGAUAUACCAAUUCUUAAUGCUGAUGAAUGGCUCGACUUGAAAAAGUGUGUUGCAAUACUAAAGCCGUUCGAAGAAAUUACAAAGGAGUUAAGUAGUGCUACUGCAACAAUAGCAUCAGUGAUUCCAUUAAUAUAUACUCUUAAAAACACACUAGAAACAGAGAAGAGUAAAGAAGAGACUUCUGAGAACUUCAAAUUAAUGAUUACGAAAAUGAUCCAAGACAUCAAUGUCAGAUUUCAGGAUAUUGAAAAUAAUAAAAUAUAUACAAUAGCUACUUAUCUAGAUCCACGGUUUAAACUCAAGUUUUUUACUGAAAUUACGAAGGAACAGGUACAGUCUGAGAUUCUGGGGAUUCUUGGGUGUUCAAAAGCUUCUCGUGAUGAAGGUCCUUCUUCACCUAAGAGAUCACGGAAUGAGAUUCCGACAACAAGCUCAAGCAACUAUUCACACAUUCAAUCUUGUCUAGCUGAAAUAUUAAGCUUAAGUGACGAGGAAGAGCAAAACAUAGAUUGUGGUGAUGAUGUGCACAAUCAAUUUAUUGUUAAAAAGACAUUACUAAAUGAAUACAACAGGGAGAAACGAUUGACACUCAAUGAAGAUCCACUUUUAUGGUGGAAAAUGCAUACCAAGUACCAUUGCUUAAGUGAUUUAGUAAGACAGUACCUUUCUCCACCUCCUGGAAGUGUACCAAGUGAGCAGCUUUUCAGUGCAGCUGGGUUAAUUUAUGACCCCUUAAGAAAUCGACUUUCUGGUGAUAAGGCUGCGAAAUUGCUUUUUGUUAAGUAUAAUUUACCUUUGCUUAGUUUCGACUAUUAA